GCCGUGCUGCUCCGUACGCUUUCUGUCGCUGGAACGCACACCGAGUGAUGCGCGAACAGCCAGCACCGUCCCUCACAAAUCUCAAAAGGAGGUGACUUGAUCGGCAUAUGCCAUUCUUCAGGUUGGCUCAGCGACAGCGGAGGCAUUGAGUUGUAUAUUGAAGAGCUGUCUUCAUUUGAAACGAACGGUGGAGCUGCUCUGCCUGCUCACAGCUAUCAGAUAAAACCAAUAACAAUGCACGGCCUGUAAGCCGCCAAUCAUGGCUCACAGGAAGAGGCCAGGGACCAGCGGAGCAAACAAUAUGGCUGCUCCAGGUCCCAUCUCCUGUCCCAACCCUCAUCCUACAGAGUCGUGUGAUCUGAAAGCCAUCCCCGCGCGGCGACGCCCAGUGCGCUACCCCAAAGAGUCACGUGUUCCGAAAUCCCUCCCUCAUAAUUGUAAGGCACAAUAUUCUUCUUCCAAGUCUGAAGACGCGGGUCGAAGUCAUCCGGAAGCAGACGCAGGUGGAGAGGUGGAUGUGAAGCGUUACAGCAACCAAGUAGAUGCAGACAUUGAGGACCAGCGGCCAGCUACACCGUCCACGCCCGAACAGAACCACGACCACGACCACGACCAUGAGCAUGAGCAUGAACAUGAGCAUGAGCAUGAGCAUGAGCAUGAGCAUGAGCAUGAACAUGAGCAUGAGCAUGAACAUGAGCAUGUGCAUGUGCAUGACCAGGCUGACUUCCAUGGAGGAGCUGACAGCUUGGAUGAUGACUCCAGCUCUGACUAUAUCAACAACACUUCGGAUGAUGAGGAAGACUAUGAUGACGGAUUGGCAGAGGAAGACGAGGGUGUGACUUACUACAUCCGCUACUGCCCAGAAGACGACAGCUACCUGGAAGGUAUGGAUUGCAGCAGCCAGGGAGACUGUAACCAUGGCCACAGCCAGGGGGACUGCACCGGCACCAGGGAGAUGGACGAGGCCCACACCGAUGAAUGCCAGGAGGCUGUGGAAGGAUGGGCCGAAGAGGGGGAAGGGAGGCCGAGAGAGGAAGAAUGGGUGGAAGAUGAGGAGGGGGGGCAAGCAGUGAGAGAAGAGUGGAGAGAAGAGGAGGAGGAGGAGGAGGAAGAGGUGAGGGAAGAGUGGAGAGAGGGAGAUGAGGAGGCACGAGAAGAGUGGAGGGACGAGGGCCAGGUCCGGCAGGAGCAGUGGGCGAGACGAGAGAGGCACCGGGUGGAGGAGUGGGGCGACAGAGAGGGGGAGGUGCGCUGUGAGGUGGUGGAGCAAGAUCCUGAUGAACAGAUAUACAAUGGACGACCAGAACCCAUCCUGGACCAUCACCAACACCAUCAUCAUCACCACCAGCCCGCCAUGCAAGACGCCUCGCACACUUGCCGGGCCGAGGAAGAGGAGGAGGCAGAGAGCGAGGAGUACUGCCCCAAUGAGGAAGAAGAUGAGGAAGGGGACGAGGAGGAGCAACACGGAAGGGCCUACACUGGAGAUUACUACGUCCCUGAAGACAAUGGAAACUCAGUGCGAGUAUCUCCGUACCGUAGCCGUAAAGUGCUGGUGGUAGAAGGAGAGACGGGGGAGGAGGCAGAGGAGGACAUUGACCAAAUUGUUGCUGAGAUUAAAAUGAGCAUGAGUAUGGGGAGUCUUAGCAGUGGCACUGACCAAAGCCCAGAGGAGCUGGCACAGGACCCAGCACCAAGCGACUACACCCUCUCCAAGCCUGACGUAGCCCCCUACCCACCGGCCCACCACCGUCACGACAGCCGGCCCAAGUCGCUGAACCUCCCAUCCAUGCACCACAACAACCCUGACCUGCAGAGGGGUGUGAAGGUGCAUCCACGCUCCCCUGAAGACCGGCAGCGAUGGGCGCAAGAGCAGGGGAGCAAUGGUGCAGAGCAACCCAGAAAACAGCAGCGGUCCGACCUCAACGUUCCCCUGGAGAACAACAACGUACCAGAGCCAACAAAGAAAGUUGCAUCGUUCCCCAGCUUUGUCGAUGUCCCAGGACCCUGCGAGCCAGAAGACCUGAUUGAUGGAAUUAUCUUUGCUGCUAACUACCUGGGCUCCACUCAGCUGCUGUCUGAGAGGAACCCCUCCAAGAACAUACGCAUGAUGCAAGCCCAGGAGGCUGUCAGCAGGGUCAAGAGGGUACAGAAGGCUGCCAAAAUCAAGAAAAAGGCGAGUGCAGAUGGAGAUGCUCAAACCCUCACUGAGGUUGAUCUAUUCAUCUCCACCCAGAGGAUCAAGGUCCUCAAUGCAGACUCACAGGAAACGAUGAUGGACAAUGCCCUCCGCACUAUAUCCUACAUCGCUGACAUUGGCAACAUCGUAGUCCUGAUGGCGAGACGCCGGAUGCCACGCACAGCCUCGCAGGACUGUAUCGAAACUACACCUGGGGCACCAGAGGCAAAGAAGCAGUACAAGAUGAUAUGCCACGUCUUUGAGUCCGAGGAUGCCCAGCUUAUCGCUCAGUCUAUCGGCCAGGCGUUCAGUGUAGCUUACCAGGAGUUCCUGAGAGCCAACGGCAUCAACCCAGAGGAUCUGAGUCAGAAGGAGUACAGCGACAUCAUCAAUACCCAGGAAAUGUAUAAUGAUGACCUCAUUCACUUCUCCAACUCUGAAAACUGCAAAGAGCUGCAGCUGGAGAAGAGCAAAGGGGAGAUCUUGGGUGUGGUGAUCGUGGAGUCCGGCUGGGGCUCCAUCCUGCCCACAGUUAUCUUAGCCAACAUGAUGAAUGGCGGGCCAGCAGCUCGCUCUGGCAAGCUCAGCAUCGGAGACCAGAUCAUGUCCAUCAACAACACGAGCCUAGUGGGGCUGCCGCUCGCCACCUGUCAGGGAAUCAUUAAGGGCUUAAAGAAUCAAGUCCAGGUGAAAAUGAACAUUGUCAGCUGCCCUCCGGUUACAACUGUCCUCAUCAAGAGACCAGAUCUAAAGUACCAGCUGGGCUUCAGUGUCCAGAACGGCAUUAUAUGCAGUCUGAUGCGAGGAGGCAUUGCAGAGCGAGGUGGUGUCCGUGUGGGGCACAGGAUCAUAGAGAUCAAUGGCCAGAGUGUGGUGGCCACAGCACAUGAGAAGAUCGUCCAGGCCCUGUCAAACUCUGUUGGCGAGAUUCACAUGAAGACCAUGCCAGCAGCCAUGUUCAGGCUUCUAACAGGACAGGAGACGCCUAUGUACAUAUGAACGACGGCCAGGGACGCUCCACGGGACAGACUGUCAGCUGUGAUUGGUUAUCUCACCGGCAAACCAAGCCGAUCAGCGACCAUGGGGAGGAGCGCUUCUCCUCCCCGUCAGUUCAUUUCCCUUUUUUCUUUGGGCUGAUGACUUCUAAUUUCCUUUCUCUCUCUUGUCUGUGCUUAACAUGCAACAGCCAUUUUCUUGACGCGAGAUGCUUAAUCCAUCUGACCAGCUGAAGAGGCAGAGUGUGUGUGGAUGUUAUUUAUUUGUCCUGUCUGUGCUUUCCUGUCACUCCAGUGAGAUAGUGUGGACGGACUUACAGCGUGAGUGUGUCACAGUCUAUUUUUUUAUAUUCACGUAAUGCAAUAUGACUUCUGCUAUACUUCUUGUAUAGUUUCAUGUUCCUCCCUGUUAAUUUAUUUCCCAUGUAAAUACAUAUUUUGCUAAUAUUGUGACUGAAGGCAGUGGGGAGGGAGGGGCCACAGCUGCAUUGUAAAUAUUUACUGAACAUUGAUAGUGAAUUGAAAACAGACCAUGAUGAUGGCAAAGACACAAUUAAAAAUGCCGGAUAUCAUAGUAGUGGCCAGUGAAAAGUGGCCCGAGUUACGUGUUUGGAUCAAUGGGUUUGAAUGUGUUAAGUUGACAUAAACUACAUGUGAAUCGAACCCAUGCUUGCAGCAGGGGUUCAUGGGAAAAACGCCAUAUCCUUUUGAUUUACGACAUUGUAAGGCAAUACACGAGUUCAAUCUCUGAAUAGGACGUCUUUUCUAAUUCUCAUGUACAAACGCACACACAUUUAAAUAAAAGGCGACUCUUAACAUGCAUUAACUAUGCUUUUGAUAUCAAAGUCACAUGUACAAACAAUUUCUUUCGUGUGCUACUUUACUGUAUGUUCAUCUUUAGUGUUCUGACUGGAACUCAUGCAUACUAUGAGCGGACUGUGAAUGUAACUGUGUUGUGUGAGCUGUCUCAUUGCCAUAAGCAGUAUUAGAAUGUCUGUACAUAAAGAGAAACGUGUCUAGUAUUGUGCUCAUGUUAGAAAAAAAAACAAAACAAAACCAAAACACACAGGUUUAGUCACUGCAAACAUCUUCCCGACUGUAUGCUGGCUUUCGAUCUCGAGAAGGAAGGAGAGAACUGUGAAUCACACACUGUGACGGGGAAAAAAAAGCCACGGAGUAAUGGCUUUUCAAUGCAUUGUAGUAAAUUUUAACCGUAUGAACAUUAUCUGUGUGCAUGCCUCGUAAAGUAGUAUCAUGUCAUUGUGGCAAGAAGAUAAUAAAAUCUGAGCUAAACCUGG